UCUCGCUCUAUGACGUUCGAGAUCACUGAUAGAUCAAUAGAUUUAUAGUCUUUGUACUUAAGUAGCGGUAGGUACUAACUAGGUACCUACCUACGUACCUUUAUGUAGGUACGGUAUCUAUUCAUUAUCUAUUCUAUGAUAGAUAGUGACAACCCAAAAACAACAAGUAAUCAUUUAAUUUUGUCAUAAAAAAUAAUGUUGGCAAAUUAUGUGUAAAUUUAAAACGAUAAAUUAAUAAAACGCAGUAUCUGUAAAUAAAACUUUGGUGUUAAAUAAACAAUGGCAAAUUGCAAACAAUGGUAAAAUUAAUAUAAUGCAACGUUGGUUUUUCCUAGAAGAAAGAAAAAUACAAAAAACCAAACCCGAAAAAAAAAUGUCCGAACCUGAACCAGAACAAAAGGCUGAACUAAUUUCCCAACAAUGGCAAUUCUCAGUAACCGUUCCGGAUAUAAAUCCCUUAAAGGAGAAAGUGUUCGUAACAGGUAACACUCCAGAACUUGGUGAAUGGGACUACACAAAAAUAAUUAUGAUGGAUUAUGACGAGGCUUCCAAUCUUUGGCUUAAAACUUUAACAAUACCAAAUACUUGUGAAGUUUUAUAUCGUUAUGCCAUAUGUUUCUUAAAUGAGAACUCAAAUGACGUGUUUAUUCGUAAAUGGGAAACAAAUAUACAUCCAAGAAUGAUAAAACAAACCAUGCUUCACCCUACACAAGAUGUAUUUGGGGAAUAUGAUAAAAAACAAGGGAUCAGUACUGGAUGGCUCACCAAUCAAACUCUAAUUCAAUUUAAAUUUUCAAACAAUCCCUUACAAUUAAAAAGCCGUUUAGCUGAAAGACUCAUAAAUAUUAAAGUCACUCCAGUGAAAUUAUUCUUUGGAACAGAACCGCAUAUUGAAGAAUCUUCGCUAAGUACUGAUACCACAGAUACUGAGUUACCAGCUGGAGUGCUAGUGGAAGUUGCAACACUGGCUAAUGAUCCUAAUAUAUGUCAUUUAAAACCGCAGGAACAAUUUGGAAGAGAGUACAAAUUAAAUGAUGUUCUGCUAGUAAAUGUUACCACACCAAAUCCCAAGCAGCUGGCUUAUCUAAUAGACUUUUAUUCAUAUAGUAGUCGUGCAGCAUCUGAAGAUCCUCCUUGUCAUGUUGGAUACACUUAUGUGUUACCAAACAUGUUCAAACCCUCAGAAGGUAAUUUAGAAUUGCCAGUAACAUGCAAUGUAAAACAUCGACCUCUUGGAACUGUGAAUUUUGGAUACCUAACAGUUUGUCCUAUACAGGAAAAGCUUUGUAACUUGCAGGUUUCGUAUGCCAAGUAUUGGGACUCAAGUUGGACAGGGUUAGAAGUGGGACACAGAGGCUUGGGUGCAAGUUUUAAAACAAAAGAAGGAAAUGCUAUUCGUGAGAAUACAAUAGCUUCUCUUAAAAAAGCAGCUGCAAGUGGUGCAGAUCUGCUAGAGUUUGAUGUUCAACUGAGUAAAGAUAUGAUACCAGUUAUUUAUCAUGACUUUUAUGUGUGCAUAUCAAUGAAAAGAAAGAAGGAAAUUGAAUUUACAGAAAUGCUUGAAUUACCAGUGAAGGACUUGACUUUGGAACACCUACAAAAACUGAAGGUAUACCAUCUUGUAGAAGGACGAAGUAAAGAAACUUUAUUUUUUGAUGAUGACUUGGACGAGCACCAACCAUUUCCGACUUUAGAAGAUGCUCUUAAAGCAAUAGAUAUCCAUGUUGGAUUCAAUGUGGAAUUAAAAUGGACAAUGGAAAUGAAUGAUGGCACAUUUGAAUUAAACAAUCCAUUUGAUAUGAACACUUAUGUUGAUAAGGUGUUGGAAGUGGUACUGAAACAUGCUGGUGAACGCCGCAUUGUGUUUUCUUGCUUCAAUCCAGACAUUUGUACUAUGGUUAGGAAUAAGCAAAACAAAUAUCCUGUAAUGUUUUUGACUGUGGGUAUCACUAAUAAGUACCAGCCGUACCGGGACCCAAGAUGUCUGUCUAUCCCGGCGGCCGUACAGAGCGCCGUGAGCUCGGAUCUGCUCGGCAUCGUCGUGCACACCGAGGAUCUGCUCCGUGAUCCUACGCAGGUGAAAUUAGCGACAGAUGCAGGUUUAGUCAUAUUCUGUUGGGGUGACGACAACAACGACAAAGAUACGAUCAAGAAAUUAAAAGAAAUGGGGCUGCACGCUGUGAUCUAUGAUAAAUUAGAUCAAUACAUAACCAAAGAAGUCAAGGAGAGCAUAUUCCUCGUCGAGGCCCGAGAGUCCCAACGAGAAAUAAUGCGACUGGCGGCGUUUGAAGAUUUACAUCCACCUGGAAGCUCUUCGUCACUCCAGACAAUUGAAUCAGAAAACCGACCUUACUUUGAUCUCUCUAUCCGUGAAAGAAUACAACAAAACUCCACAGCUACCUCCCUGGAGUCUCUCGCUUCCUCGAUGGACCUAAGAGAUGAGGCUCCCGAUAAAAAUUUAAAAAGAAACCGUGAAAUUAUAUCCGUAAUCGACAAGGAAAGUCAAGUCAAAGAACAGCGGAUGUCUUUUCAGGGACUGUUCCCGGCUGGAGAUAAUUCUUUAGGGUUGUCAAAAAAAUCCCGCACGAUCGAAAACGAUCGUAAAGACAUGUGAAGUUUCAUCUCAUGUAAAUUAAUUGCUCAAUUUGUAAAGAAAAAAAAAACGCUGCAUCGUGAGAUAAAAAUAGUUGCAGUAACUCCAUUUUAUGUUAUAUCAAUAAUAAUAUCUAUACAAUAUUAUUACAAUUUAAUCUUAUUAAACAAAUAUUAUUUUUACGUUUGAUUAACGAUAAUAUGUAGAACCCAAUGAAUUCAAUAUUUUAAUUUCGUUUUGAAUUAGGCUAGUAAUUUUACAAUUUAAACCAAUGAUUGAUUUUAAACAAAUAUUACUUAUUUACCAAAUAAAUGUAAUAAAACUAUUUUUACAGUUUAAUUUCGCGUUCAGAAUUAUCGGUUUAUUAUUUCCGACUUUUGGAAUACUUUAUAGUUUACGUGUAAGGUACGAAUGACGUGUAGUUCGUCAAUAUUCAAAUAUUUGGCUAACUAGGUACUGUCAAUUUCUUUUAUUCUUCAAUUGGUUAUUAAUUUAUAUUUUUAAAUUAUAUAUGUAAUUUUUUUAAGUUAAUGUUAUGUUAAUAAUAUACAACUAUUACAUCAAAAUACUCUAAUAAAAGAUACAAAAUUUGAAAAAAUAAAAUAUUUUUUUAAUAAAUUGAUAAUUACCGGUAGUAAGCACAAUAUUUCAAUGUCGACAAAUUAAACCGUAAGACUAGUUUUGACUACGACUCUCGGAAAACGAAUAAAAUACUGUAUUGUUUCUAAAACCAUACUUAGCUUUAGUUCACAUUGUUGGGCUUAAAUUUUAUACUUACUUCCCACUUUUCUGUUUAGCUCAUAAAAAUAAUUUAAAUAGAAAAAUGCUUCCUUAAUUAAUUUUACGUUGAAGUAAAUUUUUAGUCUGUGAUAAUUUAUAAUUUUAUUAGAAUGCAAUUCCCGAAAAUGUCUCCAGUUGAAUACAAAAGUAGUUUUUUUUAGUAUAAUUCAUAUUUUUAGUAUAAAUACAUUAAAAAUUUUUUUCGUCA